AUGGUGGAUCAAGAAGAAGAAGGGGAUAUUUAUGAUAAGAUUUGUUCAUUACUUGAAGAGAAUAAAGAUCAACUUGAAAUAUAUGUUGAUAGAGAAUUGAACUUAUCAUCAUUAGAUAUCAAUUUUAAUGGGUUUUGGUUAUUCUUGAAUGAAUCUGAUAGGAAUCUCGUUGCCACUCAUUUCAAUUUUGAUAUCUUAGUCCAUAUCUUUGAAAUAUGUCUAGACUUGAAAGGUUCUAGGGAUAGCAUCUCAUCUAAAUCAUUAUCAAAUUAUGCUAAAAUCAUCUUUCUAAGAAAAUCUGGUCCUUGUGAUGUUAUCCCAUUGAUUGAUCCUCGUGAUAAAGAUGAAUUCACUAAUGAGAAGAACUAUACCUUCUUGAAUAAAAUCAAUCAAAUCUUACCAUCAAGAAAUUGUACAUUUAUGAAUAUUAAUAUGCUAAUGGACAAUUUCAGACAAGUUGAAGCACAAUUCAUUCAUAACCUUUCCAAACAUGAGGAUCCAUAUACUCUUCAUCAUCAAAUUCAAUCAGUUGUGAGAAAUUUAUCAACUGAUAAAUAUGGUUUACGUCAUAGGGGGAUUCGUUAUAAUAAUAGAGAAUUAUAUGGUGAAAGAUAUUAUGGUCAACAAUUUCGUUAUAUGGAAGAUUUCAAAAAAUAUUAUAUAAAUCCAAUAUUUACAUUAUGGGAUGAAGCUAAUAUGGAUUAUCAAAUUGAAGUUUUAAAUAAUUCUCAAAGUUUCCAUACUCCAACAGUACGUAUAGUGACUGAUGAUACUAGAAUUACAAGUACAUAUGGUUAUAUGAUGAUGUGA